AUGGACCUUGGUGAUCUCCACUACUUCCUCGGCAUCUCGGUGAGUCGGUCACCGUCCGGGCUUUUCCCGUCUCAGCGACAGUACGCUGCCGACCUUCUUCAGCGUGCCGGCAUGGCUGAGUGUCACUCAACCACGACUCCAGUGGACACUCAGGCCAAGCUAUCUGCCACGGCUGGCGACCCAGUCAAGGACCUGACGGAGUAUCAGAGUCUUGCUGGUGCACUUCAGUACUUGACUCUGACACGUUCCGACAUCGCCUAUGCCGUUCAGCAAGUGUGUCUUUACAUGCAUGCUCCUCACGAACCCCAUCUUGCACUCAUCAAGCGCAUUUUGCGGUAUGUGAAAGGCACGCUCGGCUUUGGUCUUCACCUCCAUGCUACACCAGCUACCUCUCUCACCGUGUACUCUGACUCAGAUUGGGCUGGUUGCCUUGACUCUCGUCGUUCGACUUCCGGCUUCUGCGUCUACUUGGGAGACAACCUGGUCUCGUGGUCGUCCAAGCGUCAGACUACAGUCUCCCACUCUAGUGCCGAAGUGGAAUACUGCACCGUCGCCCAUGCGGUUGCUGAAUGCUGUUGGCUUCGACGGUCUCCAAUGGUCACGUUCGUGUUUUACACGUACCAUCUAGUCUUUGUGUCUGGUCCCUUCCUGCUGCAACUGUUCCUUGAUUUCCGGUCCAGUCUUUGUGUCUGGUCCCCUUCUGCUGCAACUGCAGGGGAAUGUUAG